CCCUGGGUGGGGGGAAUGGCUGGCUCAGGGGCGCAGGGGAUGGGGCCUUUUCCCCCUAACGGGUCCUGGGUCCCGUGGGUCUCUGUGGCUAGAGACCAAAAAUCGUUACUGUUUGAUGAGUGGAGUCAGUACUCUCAGUCCCUCAGAGAUUUAGAUCCCGUUGGAGCCGGUGGUGCUGAACGGGGCCGCGUGUUGUUGCAGGUGCUGGUGGCGUUCGAAGAUGUGGCGGUCUAUUUCUCCCCGGAGGAGUGGGCGGCGUUAGCGGAAUGGCAGAAGAACCUGUACUGGGACGUGUUGAAGGAGAAUUAUGCGCUGGUGGCCUCGCUGGGCUCUGCAGGUGCCGCAGUGGAGAUCACCUGGAAGGCGGAUAAAGUUGGGGCUCCCCAGGGGAAGAGGGGGGGAGGAACUCCCCAGCCCUCCAGCCUGGGCUCCGCCGCCACCUGGUCGGACGGUUGGGUUGCAGCGAGUCACCGAGCUGGGCCGUGCACCUGGGAUGGUUGGUUUUUCUGGGCUCCUCCGUUCUCCAGGGUCCUCCUGCACCGGGGACAGGUGUGCAAGACACAGAGCAACCUGCAGCCGGCACAAGUGGCGUUCGAGGACGUGGUGGUCCGAUUCUCCCCGGCGGAGUGGGCGGCAUUAGCUGAAUGGCAGAGGGAGCUGUACUGGGCCGUGAUGAGGGAGAAUUUCGAGCUGGUGGCCUCGCUGGGCUCUGCAGCCCCCAGGCCAGAGAGCAGCUGUGAAAUGGAGCGAGGGGAAGAGCCCCAGCAGGGGCAGGAGAGAGCGAUUCCUGAGGCCCCCAGCAUGGCAGGUGAUGGAAUCUGGGCUGGGGCUGAGGAGAAGCUGUGGGGAGCCCAGAAAUCCCUGGGAGGAGCAGCAGCCGUCCCAGCACCCCAGGGGAAGGCACCAAAUACCUGCAAAGACUGUGGGCAAAGCUUCUCAGAGCGGGGCCUCCUCAUCGUGCACGUGCUGAGGACCCACCUCAGGGAGCAAAAGCUGCCCUGUGGGGAGUGCGGGAAAAUCGUAUCCGGCCGGGGCAGGCUGGCGGCCCACCAGAGGGCCCACCUGCGGGAGCGGACGUUCACCUGCGUGGCCUGCACGCGCACCGUCGUCUACAACGAGCACGUGGUGGACCAGGUGCGCAUGGAGCUGGGCGGAGGGAAGCCCUUCAAAUGCACCAAGUGCAGCGACAGGAUCAUUCUGAUGGUGGAGCCACCGGCAAAGCGCGAGAGGGGCUCCUUCCCCUGCCCCCACUGCCCCAAGGUCUUCCCGUACGUCUGCCUCCUGCAGCGCCACCAGCCGCUGCAUGCCAGGGAGGCGUCCGUCCCCUGCUCCAAGUGCGGCAAGAGUCUCCAGCGGCGGAACACGCUCGGCAAGCGGCGCCGCUUGGCCGAGCAGCCCACCUCCUGCGCCGAGUGCACCCGGAAGGAGCGUCGGAAGAGCCCCGCGCCGGAGCAGCUAUUCCCCUGCACGCAGUGCGGGCGGCACUUCACCCGGCGCAGGUCCCUGGCCACCCACCUCCGGGCCCACGCCCGCCCGCUGCUGCACCCCUGUGCCCAGUGCAGCCAGCGCUUCAGCAGCAUGCGGGCACUGCUGGCGCACCAGCGGGCCCAUGCGCCGGACAGGCCCUGCCGGGAGUGCGGCCAGGCCUUCAACUCCAGGGAGGCCUGGGCCGCGCACCAGCUGGAGCACGAGCGGCAGAAGCCAUUCACGUGCACCGAGUGCGGCAAGGGCUUCAGGCGCAAGAACAGGUACACGUUGCACCAGUGGUUGCAUUCGGUUCCUGCGCCCCUCACCUGCCCCCACUGUGACCAGCACUUCCGCCUGCCACGGCAGCUGGAACGGCACCAGCGCGUCCACCGGGUGCCAAGAAAGGCCAGUCUCAGGACGAGCGCACAGGCCUGUCCAGCCGGAGAGCUGAGCCUCACAGCUGGCCCUGCCACCCCUUCCGUGUGCGAUCCUGGGCUAGGCGCCUCGCCGGCCUGGGACAUGGUGUCCCCACCUGAGAAGUAGGGGAAACGAGGCCACUCCCCGGUGGAAAGGACAUGAGGCCUGGGCAGUGUCCGUGGCACUGUGUGUAGACAUGCAUUAGAGAGUGGGGAGCUCUCGCUGUGGAAGGGGCUGUGGGCAGCCUGCAUGAGUGGGCUCAGACGGCUUCCAUGGCCUGGAUGACGGGAUGGAUCCCUCGACAGCCCUGUUCUGCCCAUCCCCUCUGGGGCACCCGGCGCUGGCCGCUGUCAGAAGCCAGGACCCUGAGCUGGCUGGACCGUUGGUCUGAUCCCGUGUGGCUGUUUUGGUCUCAAAUGAGCCCCUGACGCCCAUCCCUACCAUCCGGCCCGGGGACGUAGUGAGAGCCCAGACAGCAGGGAAAUGGUAAUACCAGGCCGUUCUUCCUCCACCCUGUUGUAAACUCCCAUCCAACUGACUGAUCUGCAACGACUGAGCUGUGACAAACGCUCGCAGAACAGGGCUCUGGGUCAGGCUCCGCAGUCUCUCGCUCGGGAUCGCCAGCCGCUAGGCGUCUGGGGCCGUGUGCAGGCAUUGAACCCCUCCCGGCGUCACAGGCCAUGCCAGGGCGCGGGGAGCAGAACCUGCCUUGGGUGCUGGUGUGGGGAGAAGGGGCAGCAGCUGGAGCUCCUUAAGAAGCAGCAUUGAGGGCGGGGGGCUGAACUCCCCACAGGUGCUGGGGAGCUGCGGGAGCAGGCCUGGCUGCUGGGGCCCAGUGCUGCUGGUGAGGGCCCUGCUCCAGCUCCCUGACCCUGCGGCCGUGGGACGUGCCAUGGCCCACAGGGGGAGGGAUCUGGAUUCUCACCCUGAACCCAGCCCUGUGCUGCCUUAGCCCGGCUUCUCCCCACCAGCCCCGGCGUGUCACCUGCUGGCCUUGGGACUGCAACUCCACCCCCCUUGCCCCGUGCGGGCGUAGAUGGGAAACCAGGGCUAAGGGGUGCCCGCAGCACCACUGGAUGAGAAACAGUGGGAGCCUCUUGGCUCUUGUGGGUUGGGCGCCGGUGGGGGUCUGUAGGAGUUUGACGUUUUUGAUAUAAUCUGGGACCAUACAGAACAUGGCUGAAAGCAAGGUCCUGUAGUGGCACCAAAUCUUGUGUA